GGCAGCUCCCUCGCACCCCUCCCGUCUCCUCUGUCGAGAGCAGAUCCUCCUCCAGCCUCUUUAAACUGCUUUCACCGCCAUACAAACGACAUUUUGGGGGUUCGGUCUGAAGCUGUCCGUCCUCACACCCCUCAUUUCUCUCUGUGUGUUUCGGAGGAUAUUUCUUUUUUUUUUUUUUAUCGGAGUGUGUGGAAAGGAAACCGAGCACAGACAGAGCUGUGUUUUAGGCUACUUCAGUGGGCGGAUAAAGCGGAGGAGGGCAUCCGGGCCUGGCUGUUCCGGAGAGUCGGUUCGAAACGACGGAAUUCACCAUUUUCAGGCCACGUACAACCCUGUUAUGGAGAAGAUGAAGAGGAUUAAGAAGCGCCUGUCGUUAACACUUCGCUCCAGUCAGACCAUUGACGAAUCUCUGUCUGAACUGGCUGAGCAGAUGACCAUUGAGGAUGGUGGCACCAAGGACAAUGAGCCCUUCAUGAGGAACGGCCGCCCCCCCACCUCCCACAGCAUGCACUCAUUCUUGCACCAGUACACCGGUCCCUUCAAGAAGCCUCCCCUCCGCCGGCCGCACAGCGUCAUCGGCGGCACCCUCGGGUCCUUCAUGGCAAUGCCACGCAAUGGCAGUCGUCUUGAUAUUGUGCAUGAGAACUUGAAGAUGGGCUCAGAUGGGGAGAGCGACCAGGCGUCGGGAACGUCCUCAGACGAGGUACAGUCUCCAACCGGCGUCUGUCUGAGGAACCGCAUCCACCGGCGGAUCUCUAUGGAGGACCUCAACAAGCGCUUGUCACUUCCCGCUGACAUCCGAAUUCCCGACGGUUACCUGGAGAAGCUGCAGCUCAGCAGCCCACCCUUCGAUCAACCACUCAGCCGACGCUCCCGCAGAGCCUCGCUGUCGGAGAUUGGUUUUGGCAAAUUGGAGACGUACAUUAAGCUGGACAAACUGGGAGAGGGAACCUACGCUACAGUAUUUAAAGGACGCAGUAAGCUGACAGACAACCUGGUGGCACUGAAGGAGAUCCGUCUGGAGCAUGAGGAGGGAGCACCGUGCACCGCCAUCAGAGAAGUGUCGUUACUGAAGGACCUUAAACACGCCAACAUCGUGACACUUCACGACAUCGUCCACACUGACAAGAGCCUCACGCUCGUAUUCGAGUACCUGGAUAAGGACCUGAAGCAGUACAUGGAUGACUGUGGAAACAUAAUGAGCAUGCACAAUGUAAAGAUCUUCCUGUUCCAGAUUUUGCGAGGGCUGUCAUACUGUCAUAAGAGGAAAGUUCUCCACAGGGACCUGAAGCCCCAGAACCUUCUUAUCAAUGAGAGAGGAGAACUCAAACUGGCUGAUUUCGGUCUAGCAAGGGCCAAGUCUGUGCCAACUAAAACCUACUCCAACGAGGUGGUGACUCUCUGGUAUCGGCCCCCUGAUGUUCUACUGGGAUCAUCUGAGUAUUCAACGCAGAUUGACAUGUGGGGUGUUGGUUGUAUAUUCUAUGAGAUGGCUGCAGGUCGGCCGCUGUUCCCCGGCUCCACCGUUGAGGACGAGCUCCACCUCAUCUUCAGGUUACUGGGCACACCCACAGAGGAGAACUGGCCGGGAAUCUCCUCCAUCGAAGAGUUUAAAUCCUACAACUUCCCCAAAUACAAACCACAGCCGUUAAUCAACCACGCGCCCAGGCUGGACGGUGAAGGCAUCGAGCUGCUGCUGGCUUUCCUCAGAUACGAGUCUAAGAAGAGGACCUCAGCUGAAGAGGCGAUGAAACAUUCCCAUUUCAGGCAGCUCGGGAUGAGAGUUCACACACUGCCUGAGAGUGUUUCAAUAUUCACAUUAAAAGAAGUGCAGCUACAGAGGGAUCCUGGCUACAGGAACUCCUCGUAUCCAGAGUCAGGUAACGGAAAGAUCAACAGGAGGCAGAGCAUGCUCUUCUAAAGUGUGAUGAAGAGGAUAGUCGACUUCCCAACUUCAUCAUCACUUCCCACCAACCUCUCGCAUGAGCCCACCUCCCGUCGGAGUGAACCCCCCGAUCCCUCUUACCUGCACACACACACACAUACACACACACACACACACACACACACACACACACACACACAUAAACACGCACACACACCCCUCUGAGCGAGUGACUCUGGGUUGAAUCUAUUUGGAGACUGUGUUUAUUUAUUGGGGGGGAGGGGGUGAGGUUGAAUUUUUUGCUGCUAAACUACUACUGUCUGUAUUUAACACACCGUGUGUGUGUGCGUGUGCAUGUGUGUGUACAUGAUGUGAACUCGAGACGCCAUGCACAGUUGAGCAGUCAGAAAGGUUACUGUUGUUUUUCUUCUGACUACGAUUCUCCGGCUUCGUUUGAGUUAGAAUUCCACUGAUGUUGAUGUCGACGCUGUGAUCCAAGUUGUUGUUCUUGUUGUCGUGCUUGGAGACCGAACGCUUCAGUUUCUUCAAUUUUUUUUUUUAUUUUUAUUUUUUUUUUAUAAAUAUGUAUAUCUCUAUAUAUUUGGAAUUAAUGUUUUGUUUUUCUUCGAGCUUCCGUGACUGAACUCUACAACAUUUCCAGGUUUAGAAAGACUGGGACACUGGAUGGUCUUGGUGGGGAAAAAAAACGGUUCCUCUGGAUUCCUCGUCAUGAUUUUCCCUAAACAUUUCUGUCAACUCUUCUUCUAGAGGCCCUGCUGCCCUCAGGAGGGUUACACCGGGGGACCAAAAGCAGGACUGUUAGCAGAUUGUGGUAACAGUUUUAAGCUGAGGGUUAAAGAAGCACACAUAGAGUCUGAUCAAACUAGGAGAACAUGAAACCAACUUUCGGUUCUUGUGUUCUUUUUGACCGUUCUGGCUCAGCGACGGGACCAAACUGAGGAGGAGGGGGAGGCAAACAGUUGGUAGGACGAGCAAAAGGCACGGCUGAAAGAGGAGGAAUACUGGAGCUGAACAGGAAGUCAUGUGACAUCCCACAGGAAGCCGGCACGCCUUCCCUAAAACCCCUCACAAAACUGCCAGGACUUCAGUGCUUUUUAAAAAAACAAAUGCAAGCUACACUUUUCUUGCUCUGUGUGCGUUCAGAGAUCUCACUGCAGUUAAGUCUUUGUUUUUAACUUGCACUUCAGCGUGUCUUUUUUUUUUUUUUUGUAUCAGGGACCCGUGCCUCGACACGGCCGAGUUUACCCAACAGUAUUAAGAUGUGUUCUCUGUGUCUGUGACCUUUUGACCUCUCCUUGUGAAACAACAGUGUCUUUGUGGCAUGUUUUUCGGAGGGGAGGGCGGUUGGUUGGGGUGGGAUAGCGGGGCUCGGGGUGGGGUGUUCAAAAGCAAAAUGGUUGUUUUCCACUUGGCGUCGGACCACUGCUCUCUCCAGCAUUUGUACACAAGAAGAAAAAAAAAAAAGAUUUCAAAUUGAAAUUUUAGAUUUAACUGCCCGCUGUGUUGUUUGCAACUGACAGUGAUGCUACAGAUGAGGCCGGUUGUGAAGUCUCACUUUUUACUGCAUGUUGACUGAAGCAUCUCCCAGAGAUCACUUUUAAAACGUGUACUGGUGCAUUCUGGGUUUAAUUUAGUUGCAGUGAAUAUUUGUCUUAUUCCUGUGGACGUAGGUGUUGUUACCUUUUGUCCUGAUAUUUCCAGCAGUUGAUAGCAAAAAGUGUUUAAUUGUUGUAAAGGAAUAGUUUGACAUUUUGGGAAAUAUGCUUAUCCACUUUCUUGAGAGAGUAAGAUGAGACGAUGGCUAACACUUGUGUCUGUACAGUAAGCUAGCACCAAAAGUCCGUUAGCUUAGCUUGGCUUUGCACAAGACUAAAUUCUGAUUUUUGUAGGAAUUAAACAAAGAUGUUGUCGAUAGUAAUAGAGGUUCUUUUCGGCAGAUUUUAUUACUUUUAACUAGAACCAGGCGAGCUGUUUGCCCGUUUCUAGUUUUUAUGCUAAGCUAAGCUAACCAGCCACUGGCUCAGCUACAUGGUUUUACUUUAUUGUACAGACCUGAGAGUGGUAUCCAUCUUCUCAUGUAGUUUUCGGCAACAAAGACAAUAUACCUAUUUCCCCAAAAUGUCAAACUCCUUUGAAAGAUUUGUGGUAAACAUCAAGAUUUAGCGUCAGACCUUCAGAAUCAAAGUGCAAGUGAUCCGAUUCAACACCACACAAGGAGAAAUCCAUCAUGGAAAAGGCAUAGAGCGAUUUCUACACUCACAGUAGCAAAAAAAUCAAGUGCAGUGCAGAAGCCUCAGCACUAAAAACCCCAGGAAUGCAUCAAACAGCACAGGUUGAACAUGUAAGAGUAUUGCAGCUGUUUUGCUCGACAUCGUCAUGAAAAUGUCACAUUUAUUGUCUGCUGAGAUUUAAAGGAUUAGAGCAACACUUACUGAUUUGUUAGAACAUGCUGGAAAAGGGCAGGACGUAUCACUAAUGCUUGUUAAACUAAUUAUUAGCUGAGAGCAUUAAUGUAAUAAACAUUAACAGAGCUUGUAGCUAAUAGUGUAAUAAUCCUGUAAACAUACCCAUUUCAAAUUUAAACCUCUGACGGAAUAUUUCUUUUCCCUCAGCAGGGAUCAAACUGUAAUAAUGAGCUUAUUAUUUCAUAAAUUGAAGCUCAAGAGAAACAGAAGAAAUGCAGAUGGAAGAUUUAUUAGUUUACAUUUCAAAUAAUGAAACAAUUAUUGUGUUCACAGGAAAUAAGUCAUUAUAUUAAUGGUAGACAUCCUGUAUUAUGUUGACCCAUUGCCCCAUGAUUUCUCCCUUGGUAGCUGUAAAAUGAGAAAUCAUUUUCCUUCCACUUAUAAAGCAUUUCACAUUAACUGUGUCAGUGUGUUUCAUUGACAAUUUAUCACACAUUUUCUACAAGUGUCCCUGUAAUCAAACAUAAUGCAGGAUUAUUCCACUGUUAACGGCAAACUGUUUUUGCUAAUGGCAGUUUUUUUUACAUGAACAGCAGUGACAUGCACGAAAGGAGAUUUCUACAAUGGCUAAAUAUUUAUCGUUGUAAAACUGUAAACUUUUUCAAAUGUAUGAAUGACCUGAAUUCAUGUGAACAUGUCUGACUGCGCGCGCGUGUGUGUAUGUAUGUGUGUGCCUGAUGCAUGGAAGGCCUGCUGUGUUGUGAAUUCGACCUCUCUGAAACACUGAGCUGCCGGUGAACAGUUGGUGUGUGACUCUUUUUACUGGAACUAUUUAUUUCUCAUAACCAUCGAAAGUAAAUUUAAUCUGUUUCAUAAAGAGUCUGUGCAGCGGUCGUUCUUUAAGUGGUGAAUGUGUGUGUAUUAACAACUGAAACUGAUACAGAUGAUCUGAAAAGUAAAAUUAUUUAUUCCAAAAAAAAGGUAACAUUUCUCACGACAAAACACAAGCAAAUCAUUGAGAAUACAUUUCCAAUAAAUUUAUAAAAAAUAACCAGGA